AUGUCCAGUCACGGCAGGAUCGACGGACCCGAUGAGGACGAGCACUACGAGGUGCCUGGGCAUCCGAGUAAGGCGCAGAAGCGCACGCCGCAAACAGCCGAGCCGCCCGAGGCGACAUCAUCCAACUUCCGCACACGAGCCCGCGCGGGGUCAAAGUCGGCCGGCGUUCUGAGCACCGGGCGUGCAUCGUUAUCGUCGUCGCACAUCAUGCUGGUAGGCAACAGCACGCCAAACAUGAACAGCUCGAUAUCUCUGCACGAGCAGGUGAGCCGGGCGAAGGAGCAGGCGAAGGAGAUUCUGGCGGCGCUGAACGCCGAGAAGCUGCUGGAGCAGGACCUGUCAGUCUACCUGGACGACGUCGAGUCGUCACUGCGUGCAGCGUGGACGCGCGAGGAGGACCGGUUACUGACGCUGGGGGUUCGCGUGUACGGGCCCAACACCGAGUCGUGGCCGCGGAUUGCAAUGCUUGUGCCGGGGCGCACGAACAAGAGCUGCCGGAAGCGGUGGUUUCACUCGCUCGACCCGUCGCUGCACAAGGGCCCGUGGACGCCCGAGGAAGACAACUUGCUGCGCGAGCGGGUGUCGCAAUUCCCCGCGCAGUGGUCGCGCGUAGCCGAGGGUAUCCCGGGGCGCACCGACGACCAGUGCGCGAAGCGCUGGCGCGAGUCGCUGGACCCGGAGAUUGAUCGCGGCAAGUGGCGGCCAGAGGAGGACCGGCUGCUGCUGGAGAAGUUUGCAGAGUUCGGCACGCAGUGGCAGAAAAUCGCUACGUUCUUCCAGGGACGGCCGGGGCUUGCACUGUCGCAACCGUUGGCGCAAAAUCCAGCGCAUCAUCUCGCAGAAGGAGCGCAAGACUGGGCCCUAUUCCCUGAGAACGACCUUAAUCGCACGCUGGCUGCGGUCACGGAGUCGGUCAAUAAGCGCAAGACCGCGCAGAGAUCCCGUGGCUCCAAUCACCCGUCGAGGAGCACGGGUUCUCCUGCUGUCUCGUCGUCGUCGGCAGCGACGGCAACGGCUGCACAGCUCGAGGCCUCGCAGGAUGCAUCGAUGGAGGAUCUGCCAGGAAUUGGACCAGAGUCGCAGCAGCAGCAGCAGCAGCAGUUGGGCAUUCAGACCGGCAUAUCUACAUCAGUAACAGCGGGCAGUCUGCAGUCGCCUCAGACAGGAACCGCUGAAAGCAUUGGUGCCCUGUAUAUGCCGUCGGAACAGCAGCCGCCGCAGUCUGCUGGCACACCCGCAACCACUCCGCAUUUUGAAGUGCUACGAGCGAGUAGCAACGAAAACGGAGGAAGAAAAUGGCCCCCGCAUAUGGUGCUAUUGUUCAGGUGCAUGCGCGACAACAUCGUGUCUGCACGAAAAAAAAAACAGAAGACCUGGAAGAGAGCGGCGGACGGGGAAUAA